GCCAAGGUGAAAGGUCGUCGCGACGGUGGCACUCCCAACAUGGCGGCAGCCGGGGCGGCGGCGGCGGCGGCGGUGUCGCCGCGCAGCCCCGGAGCCCGAGCGCGGCGCCCGCCCCCGUCUCGGGUCGCGCGGCUGCCGCGGCUGCUGGUGCUGCUGGCGGCAGCGGCGACGGGGCCGGGGGCGGGCGGCGCGGCGCGGCUGUACCGCGCGGGCGAGGACGCCGUGUGGGUGCUGGACAGCGGCAGCGUGCGCGGGGCCACGGCCAACAGCUCGGCCGCGUGGCUAGUGCAGUUCUACUCCUCGUGGUGCGGCCACUGCAUCGGCUACGCGCCCACCUGGCGGGCGCUGGCCGGGGACGUGCGAGAUUGGGCUGCUGCCAUCCGAGUGGCUGCGCUGGACUGCGCGGAGGAGAAGAACCAGGAGGUGUGCCGCACCUACGACGUCCACUUCUACCCCACCUUCCGGUAUUUUAAAGCAUUCACAAAGGCGUUUACAACUGGAGAAAAUUUUAAAGGACCCGACAGAGAGCUGCGGACAGUCAGACAGACGAUGAUCGACUUUCUGCAGAACCACACAGAAGGCACCUGGCCUCCAGCCUGUCCACCUCUGGACCCUCUUCAGCCCAGUGACGUUCUCUCCCUUUUCGACAGCCGUGGUGGCCAUUACGUAGCUGUGAUGUUUGAGAGCAGUGGCUCCUACGUUGGACGAGAGGUGAUCUUAGACUUGAUUCCGUAUGAAAACGUCGUGGUGAGCAGAGCGCUGGAUGGGGACACAGCCUUCCUGGAGACCCUUGGCAUUUCCUCCGUCCCUUCCUGUUACUUGAUCUACCCAAAUGGGUCUCGUGGAUUAGUUAACGUCGCAAAGCCUCUCCGGUCGUUUUUCUCCUCUUAUUUGAAGUCAUUGCCGGAUGUGAGGAAAAAAUCACUUUUCUUGCCUGAAAAACCAAACAAAGCAGAGAAUUCAGAGGUGGUGGUUUGGAGAGAGUUCGACAGGGCGAAGCUGUACAUGGCGGACCUGGAGUCGUGCCUGCACUACCUGCUCAGGGUAGAGCUGGCUGCCCACAGGUCGCUGGCUGGCGCCCAGCUGAAGACACUCAGGGACUUCGUGACUGUCGUCUCCAAGCUGUUUCCCGGCCGACCACCUGUCAGGAAGCUGCUGGAGAUGCUUCAGGAAUGGCUGGCCAGCCUUCCCCUGGACAGGAUCCCCUACAGUGCCGUCCUUGACCUGGUCAACAACGAGAUGCGGAUUUCUGGAAUCUUCCUUACCAACCAUGUGAAGUGGGUAGGAUGUCAAGGAAGCCGCCCAGAGUUGAGGGGCUACCCGUGUUCACUCUGGAAGCUGUUCCACACUCUGACUGUGCGGGCUUCUACCCAUCCAGAAGCACUGGUGGGCACAGGUUUUGAAGAUGACCCCCAGGCCGUGCUGCAGACCCUGAGGAGGUACAUUCAGACCUUCUUUGGGUGCAAGGAAUGUGGCGAACAUUUCGAGGCAAUGGCUAAAGAGUCCAUGGAUUCCGUGAAAACGCUGGACCAAGCUGUGCUCUGGCUCUGGAGCCGGCACAACGCAGUCAACAGCCGCCUGGCCGGCCACCUGAGUGAGGAUCCCAAGUUUCCGAAGGUCCCAUGGCCUACCCCAGACCUCUGCCCAGCCUGCCACGAGGAAAUUAAGGGCCUGGACAGCUGGAACGAGGGCCAGGUGCUGGUGUUCCUGAAGCAGUACUAUAGCAGCAGCAACCUCGUAGACAUGUACUCUGCAGACCAGGGAGAGUCCAGUGAGGGAAGAGCCCUGGGCAGGGGCGAGGUGGAGGGCCAAGCACUGACUCCCCCAGAGAAGUUCCGCAGAGACCAAGAUGCCGAGAGUCUUCGUCCGCCUGGCAUGCUGGGCCCCAGAGCUGACCUUCCCCAGGAUGUGCAGCACAGGCUGGACCUGAGACUCCAGAGUCCCCGUGGGCCUGGGGCCCUCCAAGAGGCUGAGGCCGCCGCACCCUUUCUUGGGGUUGGCUUCUCCAGCCUGGACAUGAGCCUCUGCGUGCUGUUGUAUGUGGCCUCCUCUCUGUUCCUGAUGGUGAUGUACUUCUUCUUCAGAGUGAGGUCCAAGCGAUGGAAAGUCCGGCUUCACCACCCAGCUGUGUAGAGUGCUCCCGAGGCAGUGCUGGCAACACGCGGGAAGCCCUUGGAAGCCCUUGGAAGCCCUGCCCCCUGUGCCACCUGCAGCUUUCUUGUUCAUGAUCAGGGGCUCAAGACCUGGUCCCCUCACAGGCCUGUGGAGACUGGGUAGUCUUGUGGGCGUGCUCACGUCUGAACCCUGUCCAUGCCUCCCGCAGCCCUUGUUGCAGGAAGACUUGGUGACCUCAUUGAGGUCAAGGAACAAGAGGAGCAGCCCCAGCUGUCCUGUGCCCCGCAGUGAUCGCAGGCGACAGCUCUACAGGGCCUUGCUUCUGUGUUGGCAGAAGCCUCGCUGGAGGAGCCUUCCCCACACAGUGUGCCCUGCCCUGCAGCCCUCAGAGUAGACGUGGUGCUCCAGUGAUGUGGGAUCUCCUUUUUGGCCACCUGACUGUCCCCACUUAAGCAAAAGAACAGUUGUGUGGGAGCUCAGGGAACUCGGGAGCAGAGAAGGAAGGGUCUGGUCAGUCCUGUGCCCUGCAGGGCGAUCCGUUCAGAUGUGGAGACUCAAGGAACCCGGCCAGGGGAGAGCUGUAUCUCAGAAGUGACUCAGGGUCCUGGGGAGUAAGCCUGGGGCUUGGGAGGGACAGGGUGGUGGCAGUGCCUUUUUGUUGGUUGGCUUUUCGGAUGAUAAAGAGAUGUAAGUGAGGGUCAUCCCAAUCUGGCUGUCCUGGGGGCGCUCUGGGCCCAGUGGUGGGUUUGAAGACUAGGUCUACAGGAGGGGUAUGGAGGACCGGUCUGCUCUUGGGGGCAUGGUCUUCGGAUGACCUCUGUAGGAGCCCUUUGUCUACUCUGGUCCUUUUCCAGCCCCACAUGAGGCACCACAGAGGCCAGGGACAGGCCCAGUGAGGAAGGCAGAGGCCCCUGGCCAUGAGCCCUGUAGGACAGGCCUCCCUGACCUGAAGCUGUGGACAAGGUUCCUAGGGGCACUGGUCUCCCAGGCCUCAGGAAUGAUUUUUUUUUUUUUUUUUUUUUUACCAUUUAGCAAUUUAAACGCAUUAUUAAACCCAAAACACUUAGUGGUGAAUCAGCCUCUGAAGACUUAAAGGGAGCAAACUGAUACAUGCUUUGGGACGUUCAUAGAGAGUCCCUGGCCAUUGGUUUGUCCCACAAGCUUUCAUUGGAUAUGGUGGACUCAUGCUCUGAUGUGCCCAUCUCUGUGCACGUGCGUGACCCAGAUGCCUGUAAAUACCUUUUCUACUUUGCUGUUUUGUAUUUGAUGCUCAAGUGUGUCCUGAAGACAUUUGGUCACGUGGAUGUCGUUUAAGACCCUAUGACCUUGCUGUCACUGCUGCCACUUAAGGGAAAUGGACAGCUGCCUCCCUGGGCUGUGGCUAGUCCAGCCCUGGAGUGCUGGGUUGACCAGAGGAUGGGUAGGGGAGCCGCAGGCAGCUGCCUGAGGCCAGCAG